AAGCUAAAUCGUAUUAUCAUUCCUCUGUGAUUUUUUUUUCUUUUCUAUACCCAGAGGCCUCGUAUAAAAGGCCGCAAAAGAUUUACACUUAUCAAUCCAACAAGUAUCUUUUCAUGCCUACGCCAUCAUAUAGGAGCGAGCUACGUGCACGGAAGCAGUCAUGAAUCGGCUGGAAAGUUCCUUUGAUAUUGAAAAAAAGAUUUGGUCCGGCAGAAAAGUGAAGCAACUUUUUAAUCCAAAAUUAACAAUUGGUGAAGCAAUUCGGUCAAUUUUACUACGUAAUCCUAAAAAGAUUGGUCAAGUUUGUGUUGACAGUGGAGUACGGCUUUCAAAUGGUGAAAUCCUAUUGCGAGCAUGCAAAAUCGGAUAUUACCUGAUGGAAAGGUGGAACCUACAAAACAAGGAUGUGGUCGGGCUCAUAGCCAGAAAUACGGAAAACCUAGCUCCCCUCGUUUUCGGCCUCCUCUUCUGUGGUGUGUCAGUUAAUACCCUUGAUACCUCUUUCAGUGAAGAUGAAAUUAUCAAUAUUUUCAAAUAUACAAAACCAAAGCUGAUUUUCUGCGAUGCUGAUGUGUAUAUGAAAGUCAAAAAUUCUCUUGAAACGUUGGGGAACACUGCUGAAAUCUAUAUUGUAGCUGGAAAAUUAGAUAAAGAACUGACUUCUUCAGUGGAACAGAUCCUCGACCAAGUAAAUGAUGAGGCAGUACAAGGAUUCAGGCCCAACGAACCCGAAGAUCCCGCAAACCACCCCGUUAUGAUAGUUUGCUCAUCAGGAACAACUGGACCAGCCAAAGGAGUGUGCCUCUCACAUAAUUCUAUGUUACAACAGAACAUUUUCAUAUCUCUUGAACAAACUGACAUCUUGUUAUGCUUUAGUUCCUUGUACUGGUUGUCCGGUGUAUUCUCACUUCUCAUGGGAACCAUCCUCGGUUUAACGAGGCUCGUCACUAGUCAACCAUUCACCCCCGAGUUGAUGCUAUGCUUGAUAGAAAAAUAUCGAGUUACUUCCAUCUUAACUCCACCAUCACAACUAGCAUUGAUGCUCCAAUGUCCUGACAUCAAAACCAGGGAUUUAUCUAGUCUUCGCGAAUAUCUCUGUGGAGGUAGUUUUGUUGCGCCUGCACUUUGCGAUAAGAUGGAAGAGUACCUUCCAAACGGGAGAAUGACAGUUGCAUACGGAUCAACCGAAAUAGGAGGAAUUUGCAACAUCAAUAUGAACCCAUUCAAAUAUGGAUCCGUUGGAAAAUUGGUCCACAACUUUCAAAUGAAAAUCGUAGACGAUAAUGGUAUACCAUUAGGACCACACGAAAACGGAGAAAUUUGUGUGAAACCUAUUCAGAAAUUUCUGGGUUACUAUGGCCGCAUGGAGGAUCUCAAUACAGUCCUUGAUUCCGAAGGUUGGAUUCACACCGGCGAUGUUGGUCACAUGGACGACGACGGGUUCCUCUUCAUAGUCGAUCGGAAAAAGGAAAUUAUGAAAUAUAAAAAUUUCCAUUUCUCACCAAGUGAACUUGAAAAUUUUCUUUUGGGUAUUCCAGGAAUUAGUCAAGCUUGUGUUUGUGGCAUUCCUGACCCGAUCGCUACUGACCUUCCAACUGCUCUCAUUGUACGAAGUAAGGACUCAAAUAUCCAAGAAAAGGAUAUCCACAACUACAUGAGAAGUCUAUCAGAUCAUAAGCAACUACGCGGUGGGAUUUAUUUCGUAAAAAGCCUGCCUAUGACAGCGUCGGGAAAGUACAGGAGAAAAGCAGUGCAGGAAAUCGCUAUGAAAUUAUACUGGGAGAGGAUGAACGACACGUACUCAAAAUAAA